AUGGGAGACAACCGAAUGGAGGUCCUGCCAGCUGGGUUCUCGGACUUUCGAGAUAGAGCCUACUGGAAUAGCUUUUUUCAAUUUUUCGACAAGAAGAAUUUCGAGUGGUAUGGGAACUACGGGGAUGUGCGGCACAUCGUUUAUCGGUGCAUACGAAGGAGGCUGGGUUAUUUCUCUGGGGAAAGAGCCAGUCAACGGGAUGGGCAACCCAGUAACGAACCGAAUGACCAACCGAACAGUCAACCCAAUAACGAACCGGAUGACCAACCGGUUAACAAGAACUGCCUGCUCAUAAACUUGGGGUGCGGGAACUCCCACCUGAGCUACGAACUCUUCCAAGACGGGUUCCGUAACAUUGUAAAUUUGGACUACUCAGAUGUAGUGAUCCAAAAAAUGAAAAAGAAAUUCGGGGACAAAAUGGAGUUCCUAAAUGUAGACAUUAGCAACGGUGAUCAGUUUGAUAAGGUCCUAUACAAAUUGGAAGAAGAGUCACAGAAAAAAAAAGUGGAUUACAAAAUCUUUUUUGAUAAAGCUUUUUUAGAUGCAUAUAUAUCAUGCGAACAAAAUGAGGAGGAAAUUUGCAAAAGGAAUGCCAAGAGUUACUUCUCCCUUGUCUUUAAGCACUUGAACAAGGGGGAUCUAUUCAUUGUUAUCACUCUUGCCCAGUAUUAUAUAAUUAAGGAGGUUAUUCGAAACGUAUACCACGAGGACAUCAUCUUGGAGGUCUUCCCCUUUUUUUUAAAACAAAACACAAGCGAGUUUAAGUACCACCCUUUCGUAUUCGCCUUCUAUCGAACACCUAAGGGGGGCAACAAAUUCCAGGCAUAUUUUGUUAACCCAGAAAUGGGUACCAGAAAUGUCAUUUCGUUGUGGAAAUUACCCAAUCAAAUUAACGACACGAGGGCAAAUUUGAAUCUUCACAUUUUUAAAAAAGGGAAGAGAAGAGUCCUAGACAUUUACAAUACAAAGCUGAACAGGUGUGACUACAACGUGGUUGUUUACGACUCGUACACGGAGCGCGCUACUUACAACACGGUUGUUGUUGUUGUCCCGCUUGGUUAUGAGUUUCACUCGCUUUACUGCACUGCGGAGGGGAAUGAGGAACUGGCUUCCAAGGCCCGGACGAGGAGGCUCCUCCUGGUGAUGAGGUCGAACUUCUUGGCUACCUCCUGCCAGCAGGGCGGAGUAAGCGAGGUGGACCUUUUUCAGAAUGACAAACGAGAAAGCCCCCCGAAUGUGCACCAUAACGGGUACAGUCAGAUGGAGCAAAGUCGAAAAGGGGAUACCAGUGCGGCAAAAGUGGAGGAACAGAAAAUAUACCCGCACGGGAACAACCAACUGCACAGCGAGUACUCAGUUAACGUCCUACUGGAGUCCAUCAAAAAUGAGCUGACAAACAUUUUGAACGAAGUGGCCCUUCCCAAUUCGGACAACUUCCCCAUCAUGGUGUUAAACGAGAGCGUAAAGAACUGCAGAGUCAUUGCGCACAGGAAGUCACAGCACGCGUCCGGCAUCAUCAUAAGGGACGUCCUCGUAACGGAGGAGUUUCUCGCAGAAAAUUUUAACUCAGACGGGGCGCACGACAGGGGCUUCGAAGGUGGAAAGAGUAAGAAAAAGAACAACGGGGAAGGGAGCGGCAGAGAGGGGACAAACCAAGAUGGAAACGAACGGGGGAAGGAACAGCACAACGUGGAAGAAGCCCUUCGAACCAUCCUAAAAAACAAACAGGAAAGACGCUCCUAUUUUGAGAAAAGAAAAAUUUACAAAAGGCAAAUGAUAUUUUCAUACGACCCAUUGACAGUGCAGUCCGAGCUAGUAUAUACUCAGGAAAAGGAAAAGAAAAAAAAAAAAAAAAAAAAUGACAAAGGGGUGGACAAGCUUGACGACAAUCCCCACUUCGAGUACAUCGAAUCGGCCAGCCAAUACCACAUAAGCUUCUGCUGCAGUCUGUUCUUCGUGAUAAAUGAUAACCACAAGGAGGAUGAUAAUUUUUUCAACAUUUGCAUUUUGGGGGGAGGCACCAAUGUCUUCUCAAAUAUACUCAAGUCCAUUUUUGCAGAUUUCAAUUUGCACCUGGAUGUUGUCGAAAUUGACGAAACGGUAAAAUCAUUUUAUCACCUUUUCCAUGAUGAGCAGAUGGAGGAAAAUAAAAAGCACAAGACAAAUUAUAUUAUUAAGGACGCGCAUGAUUUUGUAAAGAAUCAUUCUGAGUCUCAAUUUUACCAUGCCAUCUUUGUCGACAUUAACAAUACGCAAAACUCCUACGUCGAAAUGGAUGGCUGUAAGUUGUAUGUCACUUGUCCGCAUGUACAAUUUUUGGAUGAAGGAAAUGUGCGUAGUGUUAAGCGUCUUUUGAAGGAAAAUGGGGUGCUUGUAAUUAAUGUUUUGACGAGGGAUGGCACUAUGAGGAAACAUAUUCGCCUCUUCUUCCAGACCCUCUUCACAUCCGUCAUUAGUAUCCCCUCCGCGAAUAAGGAAAUUAACGAGGUCUUGGUCUGCAACUCCGAGAUUAUAACCCAAGAAAGGCUUUCCUCCUUCCACAGGAAUCUCACAGGAAUGAUAAGAAGAAACCACAAUCGGUGGUUCCUAAAUUGUGACUUGAAGAACAUACUCAAUAAUGCUAAUGUCUUGUAA